AUGCCAAGAAACACGAAUAAUGCCGGCGCUCCGCAGAGUCACUACGCAGGCCAGAUGCAGCCCUCGCUCGGCUCCUCCUCCAUAUAUGACCAGCCACGCGUGACCGUGCCGGCCAACUACUACACCAUUCCCUCGUCAUCUUCAUCCGUCAUGCCGCUUCCUCAACAACAGGAGCCAGACUACGCGUCCUACGCUCCGGACCCCGUCCCAGCGCCACCCACGCAGCACCGCGCCAGCUCCGGGGCGUGGAGCCCGCAGAACGACCAGCAGCUUCUUACCGCGCGGAUGCAAGGCCUCAACUGGGGCCAGAUCAAGGACGCCUAUUUCCCCACAAAGACGGCCAACGCCUGCCGGAAGCGCCAUGAGCGCUUAAUGGAGCGCAAGGGCGCCGAUGACUGGGACAACCGAAAGCUUCAGCAACUGGCCAAGGAGUACAUGAGCAUGCGCAAGGAGAUCUGGAGUGGGCUCGCGGCGCGCACUGGGGAGAAGUGGAACGUUGUAGAGCAAAAGUGCAUGUCCAACGGCCUCAAAAACCUGCAGAGCGCCGCCCGCGCGGCCUCGCGCCGCAAUCGCCUUGAGACGAGCUCUCAUGUGACAGGGUAUGACGACGAUAGCGGCAUUUCCGGCAUCGGCCUGACUCCCGUUGAUGAACUAGACGCCUCAUACAGCAGCCCUGAGUCGCACGUCGGCCACCUGCAGCCCCCGCAAGGCUCGUACGCCGUGGGCGCCUACGCGUCCGGCUACGGCGCCACCAACGGCGGCCACCACGGAUACUCAUCGAGCGUCAGUUCGGCGACGAGCGCCGCCGGCCGUCGCCAAUAUGUCGCCUCGACUCACCCGGGCGGCAGGGGCCACGGCCAUGGAAGCAGCCAGUACCUGGACGCACAGAGGAUGUCGGCCGCCGACAUGGGCAUCGGAGCCAUCAUCAACCGGCCCGGUGGCGGCAAAAAGGCAGCCUAG